AUGGGGAGGGCCAAUAUGCUCAGCUUGCCAGCAGAAAUUCUUCUAGAAAUAGGCCAUAUAUUGCUAAGGCCACCCUAUAUUAUUAUCUAUGACUAUAGCGACCUUCGACGUUGGCACGGCGAUCAACAGGCGCUAGCAGCAUUGGUACGAACCAGCAAGAUGCUGCACGAGGUUCUUACGCCGCUGCUCUACCAGUACCCCAGGACAGCGUAUCUGCCUCGCCUGGGAAGUACGCUGAUACAGAGGCCCGACCUGGCAGCAUUAGUGAAGCGAGUAAGUAUUCGGAGCGUUGACAAACUGCGUCCCGUGCGAGGAGACGGCGAUGCCAAAAAGUGGUAUAUUACACCGGAGGAUGCCGAUGUUCUGAAUGCGGCAGCCGACCAGGCAUUUCCAGGUUCUCAUCUUGUACGCUUUGAAAAGAUGUCUGUUGGCGUGAACCCUGGCUACUUUUCCGACGAAUGGGUCCUCUCUAAAGGACCUACUCAGCUUCUACGGGCUGUUUUACUUGCGCAGUGCCGAAACCUGGAGGCAUGUGCGUUCGACGUAGUAGAAGACGACCCUUUAUCCCUCUCCACGGGGUUCUUGGAGAAUAUCGCUCCUCAGCUACACGAGAUGAGCUUCCACUAG